AGCGCCGGCAGCAUCCCGUCACACACCACUCUUAACAUCAUGGCCACAACCACCCCCAAAAACCAGUCCCAUGUCCGCGUCGCCGUCACACAGGCUGAGCCCGUCUGGCUCGAUCUCGAGGCUACUGUGACCAAGACGUGCACCCUCAUACACGAGGCAGCGACCCAUGGAGCGCAGAUCGUCGUUUUCCCCGAGUGCUGGGUUCCUGGAUAUCCGGCAUGGAUUUGGACACGGCCCGUCGAUGAGGACCUGGCGUCUUUGUACAUCCGUAACUCCCUCAAGAUCGAUUCUCCCUUGAUGGCAAAGAUACGGCGCUGCGCCUCAGACAAUAACAUUGUCGUUGUGCUGGGGUUUUCCGAAAAUGUCCAUAAUUCGCUUUACAUCUCUCAGGCGACCAUCGAUGCAACAGGCGAGCUCGUCAUGACCCGGGCUAAGAUCAAGGCGACGCACAUGGAGCGGACUAUCUUUGGCGACGCGCCCGCAUCUUGUCUCAACAGCGUUGCUGCGACCAGCGUUGGCAGAGUCGGCGCGCUCUCGUGCUGGGAGCAUCUUCAGCCGCUGCUCAAGUACCACACGUACACACAACGCGAGCAGAUCCAUGUCGCCGCAUGGCCACCACUCUAUUCGGCUGCCCAAGAUCAGGAUGGUUUAUGGUCUAUGGGUGCUGAAGGCACUGCCUCUAUCGCCAGCGUAUACGCGAUGGAGUCACAGUCCUUUGUUCUGCACUGCACCGCCAUCAUGAGUCAGGCAGGUAUCGACAAGCUGGGUACUGCCGACGGCAAGCUAAUGGCACGUCCAGGGGGUGGUCACUCUGCAGUCUACGCGCCUGAUGGGCGCCGGCUGACGGAGCUUUUGCCGGAUACAGAAGAGGGCAUCGUCUAUGCAACCAUUGACCUGAACCAGAUCCUCCGCGCCAAAGCCUUUUUAGAUGUGUGCGGACAUUACAGCCGCCCGGAGCUGCUAUGGCUGGGUGUCGACCGAGCGACCAAGGAGCACGUUCGCGACACCCCGUAGUACAAUGGCUGAAAUGGCGCCACGACUCACAUAGGCGGCGCUUGAUCCUCGCUUAAAGUAACUGCAUAUUAUUCACCGGACUGCAGAAUAUGAGCCCAAUAUUUUAGGACUAUAAUACCAAU